GUAAUAGAUGGAGUUGUACAAAUUACAAACUUUUCUGAAUUGCUGUGUUGAGAUUUUUCGCCGAUGAAUCGUAUUGAGACUUACUGAAGAAAUUUGUAUCCAUCGAAGCCAUACAACGGAACCCGACCAAAAAUAAAAAUUUUGCAACGAAAUGUCGUGAUAUUGUAUUUAUAAUAUACGCAAAAUCAGUACUGCCAUUUUAGCGCUUUGGGAACUAGAUUUAGCACUUUUUUGGAAUGUAUAGCGCACAUUUCGAAAUUUUAGCACCUAGCGCUUAAUCCAGCGCUUUUUGGUGUAUUUAGCACACAUUUCAAUAUUUUAGCGACUAGCGGGUUAUUAACUCUUUUAUAGCAGCAGUGUUAGUCCACAUUACCGAUAAUAAUAAUAAUGACCUUUAUUAUUUUUUCCCACAAAUAGUACAUUGCAGUUUAUCUUUUUCAAACUUAUUUUUUCCACAAAACAAAGAGCAUGGGAGACGAGUCCAAACUAGGAUACCCUGUGCUAUGGAUCUCCUGGCUUCCCCUUUAGGAUUAUCAACUUGAUUUUUUUACCGACGACUAUAAGCGGGGAAAUCCCCUUUAUUAAAGUUUUCGUUCAUGGUUUUGGCAACGCAUUUAUUUUGCUUUAUUCACUUUCAGUCAGUUGCUUAGAGCACAGCUAAGUUAAAAGUUACUUAGAAGUUAUAACACAAAGAAACUGUGUAGCAACCACAAUCAGAUGCUGACAUCUGAAACUAAGUUGCGAAAUACAUUACACUUUAAAACAAUUAAUGACAUUUUUAUUGUUCGUACAUUACUAACUACUGUUGACAGCAAUUGCCAUAAUUAUAAGUCGAUGUCCUGCGAAGUAUUGAUACAUCAAAAAAAUAUUGCCAGAAAAAAAACUUAAUGUUGUUUUCUUUAUUAUGAUUAUAUAAAAAAACACAAACUUUGUUUGUAGUUAAUUUAGCGCGAAAUCUAGGGCUUUUUUAAAGCGCUGUUUUCAUGAAAUCUAGCGCUUUUUGUGUUGUCCUAGAGCUGAAUGAGUUUUUUUUUAUCUGGCAGCACUGCCCAAAAACCCUCUAUUAAGAAGUAACUUUCCUUUCAGUUUUAAGCGCGUUCAGUUCCCAGUUACAGUGAGCGUGUGUUAUGCGAUGACCGUAAAUAAAGCGCAAGGUCAAACUUUACGCGUUGUAGGAGUGUACCUCAGUACUGACUGUUUUGCACAUGGCCAACUCUAUGUUGCUUUUUCCCGCGUUAGUAGCCCCCGUAACCUUUUUGUGUACACCCCGGCUAAGCCUACUUCUAACGUCGUUUACACAGAAACUCUAUCAUAAACGACUUAGAACUUUGAUGAUAAUGAUUUAUUUUGUUACCACUUAUUGAUACAAUAAUGAAAUAAAUCGUUUAAUAUUCUCUUACCUAAACGACAAAUUCUUUAUGUAAAACCUAUAUACGCGAGCUACGCCGCGGGCACAGCUAGUAAUUAAAUAUAUUCGACACUAGAUGGCGACACUUUGUGUCAUGUGAACUAAAAAUAUAAAGUUAUAAAGGUACGUAGAGCUCAGUAUUAAUAAAAUAAUCAUACAAAGGUGCUGAAAUUUGUUUUGCAUUCAGACAUAAAGAAAUUUUAAUCGCCAAAAUUUUAUUUUAUAGUUUAUAAUCAUUUUGUGGACAGGCCGUAUUCUAUCGUCAAGUAAAUCUCAUAAAAAUAACAAAAAGACAGGGCCGUAAUUAGAAUUCAAUUAUUUUACACAGUAAUCUAACUUUCAAUAUUAAAAUGAAGGAAAUUGUACUAAGGCUGAUUUUUCGAAAUGUAUAAGUUAUAUUUAAGUGACAUUCUAUAUGCAAAGAAAAUCUCUCUGAAAAUAAAUAUUUUAUGUAAGUACAAUAUUCAAAGUACUUUCCUUUCGCAGGACAACUAUUAUAUCAAUUGUAGUUCAGCUAAUUAAAAAGCUCACCUAGAUAAUUUUAUUUACUUAAUGUUCUAGAUUUCCAUUCGAAAAUAAUCGUAAACAGCAAUGGAUCACAAAAAUUAAUAGAAAAGACUGGACUCCGACAAAAUAUACAAAGAUUUGUUCUUGCCAUUUCAAUGCUGACGACUUCACAGUUACAAAAGGCUUUAAAAAAUUAAAGAAGGGAACUUUACCUAGUAUAAAUCUGGAUAUAUCGCUUACAAGAAAAUUACCAGAGCCCACAAUAUCAUCACCUAGGCCUUUCUACAAGUGAUUUAAAUGAAUUUUUGAUACUUCAUGAUUCCCCUAGAAAGAAGAAGCUAAAGCAAGAAAUAGAACAACUUCGAUGGAAAGCGAAAAAAGAUGGGCUAAAGAUCAGAAGACUUCAAAUGAAAGUUAUACGUUUGAAAAAGAAGGUUCAAAUUUUAACUGCCUUAAUUACAGAAUUGGAAACCAAACAUCUUAUACAGGGAGAGGAUUCCGAAAUUUUAUCUUCAAUAAAUGUAAAGUUGAAAGACUUGGUUGGGCGUCAGCUAUCAAAAAUUAAGAAAGUUAAUUUGAAAAAGAAAUAUUCUCCAGCUCUCAGAUCAUUCGCUUUGACGCUUAAUUAUUUUUCGCCAAAUGCGUACUCAUACGUCAGAAAAACUUUCGAUACAUGCUUACCGCAUCCGAGAACAAUUCCUAAAUGGUAUGAAAGUGUCAAUGGUGAAGCUGGAUUUACAGCUGAAGCUUUUAACAUAUUAAAGCACAAAACCAACUCAUCAGGCAAACGCGCUUUGUGCAGUCUUAUGAUGGAUGACAUGGCUAUUAAGAAGCAUGUUCAAUGGGACGGAAAUAAAUAUCAUGGUUAUGUUGAUCUCGGGCUUAAUGACGUGCAGAAGGAUAACUCGGAUCAGGCGUCUCAAGCUUUAGUUCUGUUGCUUGUAUGUCACACAGAACGAUGGAAAUUACCUGUGGGUUUUUUUCUUAUUCGUUCUAUGACCGGAGAACAAUGGGCCUCAAUAGUUCAACAAUGUCUCUACAAAUGCCAAGAAAAUGGUGUAGACGUUGUUUACUAACGAUAGAUGGUUGCGCUGCAAAUAUUGCUAUGCUUAAAAAGUUAGGUUGUUCGUUAGAACCUCAGAAAAUGAAAUCUACUUUUAAACACCCUAGUACUAACUACGAAGUAGCAGUAUUUCUCGACGCAUGCCACAUGCUAAAACUAGUGCGCAACGCCUUAGAAAAUAAAAGGAGGUUUCUUGAUUAUCAGGGCAAUUAUAUUGAAUGGUCUUAUCUUGUCAAGCUUAAUAACCUACAAAAAUCUGAAGGACUACAUCUCGGAAACAAGUUAAGAGACAAGCAUAUACAUUUUCAGCAACAAAAAAUGAAAGUAAAAUUAGCCAGUCAGCGUUUUAGUAAUAGCGUAGCAGACGCACUCCAGGUUUGUGAAAAAAGUAACGUUGAAUUCAAAAAUGAGGCAGCAACAAUUAAUUUUAUCCGCCUAGUUAACAAUAUCUUUGACAUUCUCAACUCUAGAAACAUGUGUCAGAAUGAACAUAAAAAACCCUUAUUUG